AUGCAAUUUAACCUAUCGACGUGGCUUAAGCCUUAUAUUGACUUUAAUACUGCAAAAAGAAGUAAAGCGACAAAUGAAUAUGAAAAGAAUCUGUUUAAACUCAUGAAUAAUGCCGUUUAUGGAAAAACCAUGGAAAAUGUACGCAAACACGUCGAUGUAAAACUUGUAACUAAGUGGGAGGGUCGCUAUGGAGCUGAGGCUCUGAUAUCUAAAACAAAUUUUCACAGUCGGUCAAUUUUCUGUGAAAACCUUGUUGCAAUUGAACUGAGAAAAACCGCAAUUUUGAUAAGCAAGCCAAUUUACAUUGGUUUUGCAGUACUCGAUGUAUCUAAGUCACUUAUUUAUGACUUUCAUUAUGAUUACAUGUUAAAAAAGUAUGGUGAAUCUUGUAAGUUGAUGUAUACAGAUACUGAUAGUUUAAUUUAUGAAAUAAAGUGUGCUGAUAUUUAUGUAGAUAUGAAGGAAGAUAUUCAUAAGUUUGAUACGUCGGAUUAUCCAAAGGAUAAUAUUUAUAAUAUUCCUCAAGCCAACAACAAAGUACUUGGACUUAUGAAAGAUGAAUGUAGUGGAAAAAUAAUCACAGAAUUUGUUGGUUUAAGGAGUAAGAUGUACAGUAUUCGUGUAAAUGGUCAGGAUUUUACAAAGAAAGCUAAGCGAGUUAGAUCGGUAGUUUUAAAAAACUAUAUCAAUUUCAAUGAUUAUACUGACUGUCUACAAAAUUUUGCAAUUCAGACAAGAACUCAACAUGUAAUUCGAUCACGACUUAAUAAAGUUGAAACUGUUAAAAAACUUAAAGUUGCUUUAAGUCCAAUGGACGACAAGCGAUAUUUAUUACCAGAUAGCUAUGAUACUCUUGCUUGGGGACAUUAUAGAAUAGAGGAAAGAGAUUAA